AGAGAGCCAUGGAAUUGCUUCAGAAUCUUCUGAACUUGGUGAUUCCCCAAAUCACUUUAGUUUUUCUUUGUCUCAUGCUACCUUUUCUCUUCAUUUUCAAGUUCAUCCAUUUCAUUUUCAGGCACCUCUUCCCUGAGAAAAUGAGGGGAAAAGUUGUUCUCAUCACUGGUGCAUCUUCAGGCAUUGGCGAGCAUCUAGCAUAUGAAUAUGCUAAGAAAGGAGCAUAUCUAGUACUUGUUGCAAGAAGAGAGGAAAGCCUUAGAAAAGUUGCAGAGAAGGCUGGUAAUCUUGGUUCCCCUGAUGUGUUAGUUGUUCCUGCAGAUGUGUCUAGAGUUGAUCAAUGCAAGCAAUUCAUUGAUGAAGCUGUGAACCAUUUUGGCAGAUUGGAUCAUCUGGUUUGCAAUGCUGGGAUUGGUAGCUAUUGCGCAUUCCAAGAUAUAUCUGACAUAACAAAUUUUGUACCAGUGAUGGAUAUAAACUUCUGGGGAUCAAUAUAUCCCACUUAUUAUGCAAUUCCUCACCUCAAAAGGUGGAAAGGCAAGAUCAUUGUGAAUGCAUCAGUACUUGGGUGGAUAAAUGCACCAAGGGGAAGUGUAUAUGGUGCAACCAAAGCAGCAUUAAUACAAUUCUACGACAGCCUAAGAAUCGAAGUCGCCCCAGAGAUUUCGAUAGUUAUAAUUAGUCCUGGUUUUGUAGAAUCAGAGAUUACCCAAGGUAAAAAUCUAACCAAGACAGGGAAGAUUGAAGAUGAUCAAGGAAUGAGAAAUGUACUAAGAGGAUUAAUUCCAGUUCCAUUCCAGAGUACAGAGAACUGUGCAAAGGGUAUUGUGAAUGGGGCAUGCCGUGGAGACAAACACAUUACAGAGCCAUUUUUGUAUAAUGUGCUUUACCUCUUAAAGAUCCUCAGCCCUGACUUGGUCGAAUGGAUUACUCACUUGAUAUACAGAACCUUGCUAAACCCCACUUGA